GCCAAUCAAGCCGAUGAACAAUGUACAGCCAGAAGAAGUGUGUCCAUAUUCUCCCGACGAGGGACUAUCACUCCCAAAUUGAAGACAUCCUCAAUAUACGAAGCCAUGACGAACAUGUCUGCUGCACCCAGCAAAGCAGAAUCUCCCAGUAGCCCGAGGAAGAGCUUUUGGAUGAGCAAGUUCAAAUCAUCGAAGAAUCAGGAAGGGACGGUGCUACAUGCCGUGCCACAGAACUCGGCCGAACGCUCGAUGUCGGCCUUGGACAUCGCCAGGGCUAUCUCUCCGAACGAGGAAAUCCUGCAAGCCAUCGGGAAGUCCAGUACGAUCAACACAUCUCCUCCCGCAUCUCCUCUGGACAAUCGCGAAGUCAUCUCUGCGAGUAAACAGCAUGGUGUCUUCGACAGCAGAAUUGGAGUCUGGCGUGACGGAGUGGUGCUUUGGGAUGUGGGCAAGUCACCUAAGAAACUAGAGACUCCGCUUGAGCCUUCAGGAAAAAUCACAUCAUUCUCUUCAGCAACAGACAAAGCACGUCGGCCACGCCUCUCCGUGAGAAUACCUGGUAGCAAAUUACGACAGAUCUUGGGAGAAGAGGCACCUGCACCGAUCCCUGCAUACAAACCCAUUCGUGCUGCGCCUGCCAUGGUCGCAACCAGGUACUCGACAUCGCCUCAGCCAUCGAGUCCAAAUGAGAUGGCCAUACACCCAGCCCUUCGCACUACAAGUCCUCUUAUUGGAAACAGAAGAAGCGAGGUCAGAUCCCUAUCGAGCGGCGAUAACAGCAGGUCAUCAGUAUCGAGCAACACCAUCUUCCAGGACGAUACGUUCGACAAUGGUUCUUGCUACAGCAGAAGUUCAUCAAUGACAAGCGUAGAAGCAGAAUCUCCAGACGACCUUGUACAAAAUUCGCACUGGAACUAUCUGGACGUGCCUAAGAGAUCUGUCAGCGCUGCAUUCUCCAUCACAUCUCCGGUACAAGCGGGCAUAUUUGAUGAGGUAUCUGCCGACGGACAUACCCCUCGUGCGGGCCCUACAUUCCAACACCUCCAGAUCCCGGCCUUGGACCACCGUGCUCCAAGCCCUACUUUCAGCGAAGCAGUUCAUGAUCUGCAGAGGCAGUUAAGCACCAUUACCGAGGGGACGUCACCAACAGCUUUCGGUGGCAAUGCUGUUGGGAAACCCCCGAACUAUAAUCUUUCGGUCGACAACGUGUCCCGGGCGCCCACCUUGCCUAAGAAAUCGCGUAAACGCCAAUGGGUACAGCCGGUCGGUGUUGCACACGGCAAGCCUGCACCUGCUUCGAUAGAUGUCCCAGUCCGCCGCCAGUCAGUUCCUACUAGACAGGAGAACAGGCUCAGCAGCCACGGAGAAGACAUUCGCAGAGUUUCAAGCGUUCGUUGCUCUCUAUCGCACGAUGUUGAGUCUAUGUGGCUGUCUUGGAGUGCAUCGUCGGUGAAGAAGUCUUCAGCUUCAGCUUUUGAGCAGGAGGUUGUAUGUCUACAGAUCAUGGCCGCCUCGCUGUCCUUCGAGGAUUUGGACUCUUUGUCGAUGGUCAGCAAGACCGCAAGAAGAUUUUACGAAGAGAACAAGCUCCAUCUUCUCAAGUCAGUCCUAUUCAACGUGUCUCCACCAGCCUGGGAGUUACGAGAGCUCUCACCCUUCCCCUUCGGCCACUUUAUGCCUGCCGAAUUCCUAGAGGAUACUGGAAUCACUCCUUCGACUUACAUGUCAUGUAUCAGCCAUGAUCGUGCUAUCGUGCAAGAGCUCAAAGACGUCAUCGCCACGAAAUGUCAGUCUUUCCUCCGUCCCGAGACAAUUUCUUCUCUCAUGACGGAAGGUUGCACGAGAUCUGAGGACGCCAUUUAUCGUAUUUGGUCGUUCUGCAAAAUCUUCGGCUGCGACAGAGGAAGAGAUAAUGAUCUGAAAGGCCAGACCGACUGGCUUAAGGGUGGUAUCCUUGCCCAUCAGAAAGGCUGCGCUGCUACUCUGAGUUUCAGUCCUGAAUUUGAGAUGGAUGGCAUCUUGCUGAAUGCACCAGACCACUUUGCAGCUGGAAAUAGUUCCGGAUUGUCUGCGGAACAGCUGUACGAUAUGUCCGAGAUCUGGGAAUGUCUGUACGCAUUGAUGCAGCCUUAUGAAGAAGAGACAAGUAAAGCACAAAGCACUGGUAUCUUCCGUCACACCGGUGGCAACUUCAUGGAUCCCAUGGUACAGGCCAGUGUGGUUGAAGAGUGGAUAGCUUAUAUCCUAUCACUCGGACCAUCGGUCGUACUUGAGCUCGCAAGAUUCCAAGAUGCGAGCGAUGCUGGAUUCGACUUUGCUCAAUUGAACGAUUGGACCGACUGGGCACCACUGCAGUCUGGUAUGACUCGCCGCAGAUUCUUCCGAGAACCAGUCGCACAACUUUACGAAGAGAGACUACUUGCUACCACGGCUGGCACGCAGACGAAGGACGUCACAAAAACGUUACUUCGGAAGCGUCAGACCGCAGAGAUGAACCUUGCUUACCGCCAGAUGUCCAUGAGCAACAAGAAGAACAAAGUAGUACCAUGUACGCUUUAUCGACGAGAUAGUGCACUCGCACCAGAAGUUCAUAGGAAGUCGAGCUCCAGUAGCCCAACAACGCCCUCGUCUCCGAGGCCUUUUUCUCCCGAUACCGCACAUGGUGGCAGAGUGCAGCCCAAUUCUUGGUCGCCGAGAAAAGUGAGCCCUAUCAUCGAAGACCGGGUUGAUACGUUCAACAGAUUGAGUAUGCUGAGCUUCGAGGGCAUGGCCGAAGAUACAUCAGGAUUGGCCAUUGGCAGAAUUAUGGACAUUGGUUUCUCAAACGCGCAAGCUAAGGAGGCACUGCGAAUAACUGAUAUGGGGAAUGGCUUGAGGGUAGACCGAGCUGUGGACUGGCUGUUGAGGCAAGACCGUUUCUAGUUCUGGUGUCGUGUUAUUAUUAUCACUAUUGCGGAGGUUGUUAAAUAGACAUUUACCUCGAACGAAUCACGAAUUUCCAACC